CGUAAACGUAGAACAAAACUUGAACUUCAACAUGAGUCAUGGUUCUACACCCACUACACCGCCAUCACGAAUUGACCGAACGGUAGUACUUUCACCUAAUAGUCGAAUGAAUCCAUACGUCGUCAUGAGACCAUUAAAGUCAGCUAUAUCUCCAUGCAAGGGAGUUGGUGGUGGAAAAUCAU